AAGAGAAAAAAGAAAGCGAAUAUAACACGCAGCAGUAGCUCAAGAACGCAGGCCAAGGCACCAUUAAAACCAGAUCUUACAUUCACUCUUCUCCUUUCUCCAGCUCAUCCAACAAUACUCACAGCUCUUACAAAGCUCUACUUUUUUCUUGUCUAUUAACAUUUGCUCGAGAAAAUUUUGAUCGGAUUUUUCCUGUAAAAUCCUCUUCACUUUCCCUCUCGGGCACCGGUUUAGCUUUGCUGCUUCUUGCCAUUUCCUGAGAGAUCCUUCCCCUUCUCAAUCGAUGGUUUGGCUAUCCGCUAUAUUUCCGAUUAGCGUUUUGGAAAUUUGAGGGUUUGUCUUUUUUCCCCUAAUGCGCGUUGGGAUUCUUAGUAGUUGUUUCUGCUUUUGGCAUAUAUAGUUGCAUGCAUAUUUUGAGCUUGCCGUGAAUUAGCACCAAGGUUGGUCCCUUACCAUCAGACGAAAUGUCAGGACUGGAAGAACUUGGUGUUCAAGAUGAAAUUAGGGAGAGAAGAUCUGAUUUUGAAAACUCUGAGGAUGAGAGACGGCGAUCAAAAAUUGGCAAUUUGAAGAAGAAGGCAAUAAAUGCUUCAAAUAAGUUUACACAUUCUCUAAAAAAAAGAGGGAAGAGGAAAAUCGACUACAGGGUUCCUUCCCUUUCUAUUGAGGAUGUAAGGGAUGCAAAAGAGGAGAGUGCAGUUCUUGAAUUCCGUCAAAAGCUCCUUGAGAGGGAUUUAUUACCUCCUAGGCAUGAUGACUAUCACACAUUGCUGAGAUUUUUGAAAGCUAGAGAGUUUAACAUUGAGAAAACAGUCCAGAUGUGGGAAGAAAUGCUUAAAUGGAGGAAAGAGUAUGGAACAGACACCAUUUUAGAGGAUUUUACUUUUGACGAGUUGGAAGAAGUCUUGCAACACUAUCCGCAAGGUUAUCAUGGAGUGGACAAGGAAGGGAGGCCCAUUUACAUUGAGAGACUUGGAAAAGCUCAUCCAAGCAGGCUCAUGCGUAUAACUACCAUAGAACGAUAUCUGAAGUAUCAUGUUCAGGAGUUUGAGAGGGCUCUACAGGAGAAAUUUCCUGCUUGCUCCAUUGCAGCAAAGCGCCAAAUUUGUUCAACCACCACAAUAUUGGAUGUGCAAGGCCUGGGCAUGAAGAACUUUACCCGCACUGCUGCAAAUCUCUUGGGUGCAAUGACGAAAAUAGACAACAGUUAUUACCCUGAGACACUCCAUCGAAUGUAUAUUGUCAAUGCGGGGCCUGGAUUCAAAAAAAUGCUUUGGCCAGCUGCACAAAAAUUUCUUGAUGGGAAAACUAUUGCAAAGAUACAGGUACUGGAGCCUAAAUCUGUGUGUAAAUUACAGGAAGUCAUUGAUUCAAGUCAGUUACCAGACUUCUUGGGUGGGCUGUGCACCUGUUCUGUUGAGGGAGGGUGUCUCAGAUCUAAUAAAGGUCCAUGGAGUGAUCCUGAAAUAAUGAAGGUUGUCCAUAAUGCGGAUGCAACAUUCGUAAGACAAAUCACCAGAGUUUCUAAUGCCCAAGAGAAAUUUGAUCCCUAUAUUCAGAUACACCCACUUAAGGGAAGAAGCAGUGACAUUUCGACAGCAGAGUCAGAAUCUGACAUUGCUGAUUCUUCUUCUCCACUUGCCCAAAGAAGUUCAACGUUUCCCCAUUUGGCUCCCGUGCAUGAAGAAGUCAGGGCAUCAGAUCCAAGUUCCUAUCACAGUUGUGAUGAUAAUUUCCCUCGUGCUGAGAAAGGUUUAAAAGGUGGCCAAAGGGUGGGACACUCUAGGAACAAAUUACUUGAACCCAAUGACAUAAGAAACAACGAGGAAGCAUCAACUUCCCAAAGUAGUUCAGUUAUUCAUUGGUUUGAUACCAUUAGAGAAAAAAUUGAGAAACGGAAUAUCCAGUGUGCGGCAAGAAUGCUAAUAUCCUUCUUUGUCAAAGUUGUUGCCUUUUUCAAUUGUUUGCUAUUUGAGUUUCGAAGAAGGCAGAAUGAUCUUCGUCCUUCUAAUCUGGUAGAGUAUAACACAAGUAGCAAUUCGCCAGUUACGGAGCCCACGAAUGAAGACCAAGUCCUUCCAUGUAUAGAGCGUCUUCAAAAACUAGAGAAAGUAUUGGAGGAACUCAGCAACAAGCCUGCUGGAAUUCCUGCAGAGAAAGAGAAAAUACUCACCGAUUCUCUUGACAGGAUCAAGUCUGUAGAGUUUGACCUUGAGAAAACAAAGAGAGUAUUACAUGCCACAGUGAUGAAACAACUCGAGAUUACUGAUUUGCUGGAAAAUUUACAGCAGGAACAAUUCCGUCGAAGAAGAUUUUUCUGUUGAAAUAUUGGUGGGGGAUUGACUUUGGGACAAAGCUAUAUUUCCACAUUGGAGCCUUGGAGGUUCCAACAAAUCUGCAAUUUAGCAGUUGCAUAUAGGACAAGCACGAUUGUACACUUAUUAUUUUUUGGUUUCCUAACUCCUUUCCUUCAGUCUUUACCUUCCUAUCAACUACUUUGACAAAUUUCACAGUUAGGCCCAAGGGGUUUCUCCCCACAGCUUUUGAAACAGUGCAGAUAAGAGAUCAAAGUAUUUACAACAUGACAAUGUUCUGUUUGCUUUUAUUUUGACUCGGACGAAUAUAACAAAAAAGCCUAAUCGGGAACUCAUAUAUGGUGAAUGAAAUCUUUACGAGUUUUAACUUUGUGA